UCCAUGCUCUGCAUACUCCAUGUCAAUUUAGGCUUCUUGAGGAUCCUUAGUCAAGUGAGUGGAGAGAAUGGAUCCGCACAUGACGAGGGAGGAUGCAGCUGUGUGUCUGGCAGACGGUCCUCACCGCCGCCUCUACCAAAGUCUCACUCCGCCUCAGCCACAGCCUGUCAAAAAGAAAAAGUUGGUCAACUUUAAACUCUCCAGAAAGGGACGUCUGGGCAGCGAUAGUAAGGACGACGACAGAGGAUCAAGCACACGAGAAAGGAGAGGAACCUUCAGGAGUUCUGAUAAAAGGAGAGGCACCCUUAAGAACAUUGAUGAAAGGAGAGAAGCUUUUGCAAGCUUCAGCGACAGUACAGAUAUCAGAUUUUUCGAUGCAAGAGAUAUCAUAAGCUUCGAUGAGAUGAGAGAAGACGUCAGAAACUUCAACGAAAGAGGUGUGCAAAACAACAACGAAAAAAAAGAAGACAUUCGAAAUUUAAAUGGAAGAAGAAACUAUAUCGAACACUACAGUGAACAAAGAGGAAACACUAGAAACGACAAUGAUAGAAGGCAAGAAUUUAAUAACGACAAUGAAUUCAAAGUUCUUGAAAGCAUGAGCAGAAGAAGAGAAGACAUCAGAAACGACAACCGAAGACAAGAAGGGAUCCGAAGUCUCGACGAUCCAGGAAACUUCAGAAACGCUAGACAAAAGAGAGAAGCUUUCAAAAACAUCAAAGAAAGAAGAGACGACUUAAAAAACAUCCGAAAAGGAAGAGAAAACUUGAAAAGCGCCAAAGAAAAAAGUGAAACUGCCGUAAAUAUGAACGAUAAAAGUGAAAGUGCCUCAAAUAUACACGAAACAAGUGAAGAUAGCAGAAAUGUUAACAAAAUUAAAACAGUUAGGAGCGUGUCUUCUACCUCCCCGGAUACCAAGAGCUAUAAUGCACCCAACAACUUGCUGAAGCCGGAGUUCCCCGGCUCAAUAUUAAACCACAGGGAGAGGUCAGCGAGCAGCAACUCCAGGGCGACCUCUGAGCACAUUCCUUUGACAACGAUGCGCAGAAAAUAUACUUCCUCUUGGGAGAAGCUACGGAUGGUAGCUGGCAGUAAUGGUAAGGGCGAACGACUAAACAGUGUCGUGGAAAUAGUGACACUAAAGAAGAGGAAAGGGGCAUUAGCGCCCACAAUAUGGACCCCGGCAAUACCGCGCUCAGUGCCCAGUCCCAGACCAGCCAACUUUCAGAACCACGAGGAACCAGGCAAACGCAGCUAUGUCAUCGCCUUCAUAUCGAAGGCAACUCAGAGUAGGCUGCGGAUACUCAGGCGACAGUUCACUCUACCGUUCAAGCAGCCACAGCGGCAUCACGAGUGGGAAGCCAGAGGCAAGAUGUAUGUAAAUUGGCUCAAGGGAGUCGUCUCUAACCCGCACCUUCAGGAUGGACUCAUCAUGAAAGGACUAGAGAUUGGCGCAGUGCCGUACCCUGUUCUGUACAUGCGGGAGCGGCUGCCUGACGCGCUUAAGGAGGGAGACGGGAUCACCAGGACUCUGGAAGGUAGCCUCGCCGCCGACUAUGUCAUUCACCAAGGCGUGUACCAGGAAGUUGUGUCGUGGGUGCCGGAGCUGCUAGUCACCUGCCCCAGCGACCCGUCCCAGUGGGCGCGAUGUUACAUCAUAGUUGGCUUCAAGACACUGGACGGAGAGCUCAACACGAAAAUGGAGACGUUGUGGAAAGAAUGGACUGGCGCCCUCUACAUAUACUGUAACAUUGAUGACGACCUCGGCCUCAAGAGACUUAGCUUUUACAGGCGCUCCUCACGUCACCACGCAACACUAUUCUCCUACUUGUUGUUAGUGGAGUUGGACACUGUCACUCGGGAGAACUCCCUUUUCCUCCUUGACUUCACUUACCGAAUGCGGAUGAGGAAUAUGACCGGGUACAUUUCCGUAUACCAAGAGCACCUGCCUGACGGAGCUGUGGAUGUGGUGCCUGGAGGCUCUCCUGUGCCCUCCACCGCUCAGGCUACUGCUGCCGCCUCUGGUGUCCUCUUAGAAACGAAUGCCCUUGAUCUCACCAGAAUUAAUAUUUAAAUGUUGCUUCGAGCGGCGGCUAGUUUAUUGUGCACCCCAUACUCAGCAUAGCGGAAUGCAAAGGGUACAUUGGCCCCGAGGACAAGAAGCCGGUAGCUUGCUGUUAUGGAAAGUAAUGUGAUUGUACUGAGAGGGCCAAUGGUACAAGAUAAGAGAGUUCCUAAAAUAGUGGAAAUAGGAAGGCCCCGGCCCCCAGGGAAGAAUAUUCCCAGUAAUUAAUAAGUUAGGUUAGGAUAUAUAUCUGCAGUCUAAGGUAAUCUCCUAUUCCACACUCAGCAGGAUUAAAGGAAAACCUCCUA